AUGCCCACAGUGCUCACGUUGGCGCCGCUGGCCGCUGGGGUGCCGUCCAUUUCGGUGGCGGUCACGGCGGCGGCGGCGGUGGCGGCGGCGACGGCGGUGGCCACUGCAACGGAGGCGGCUUCACCGACGGUGGAGGCGUUGGGGGUGGCGGCGGUGACGGCGGCGGUGGUGUCAGGGACGGCGGUGGCGGUGUUGGGGACGGCUGCGGCAACUGGCGUAGCGGCGGUGACGGCGGCGGUGGAAGCGGUGGUGGUGACGGUGGUCGCGGCUCGGCGUUGGCUCUCAUGCGCCCAGAGGGUGUUUUGCGGGGGGUGCGCUGUCGGCAAGGGGAUUCGCAAGGCUAUCGCUCGGACAACGAGUUCUACCGCUGCUCGCCCCCUCCAGCGUUUCUUUGCCGAUCUGGCGGGGCCGCUCCCGCGUUCCGCGGCUGGCUCUGCCUACGUCUUGUGCAUCGUCGACGACUGCACCAACUUCGGUGUUCUGAAGUUUCUCAAGGACAAAAGCGCCCCCGCCGUCUGCACAGCACUCCGCGAGUUUUUCGUCUCUCUACAGGGUCUGCGCUCUACCCACGGCAACUUCCAGCUGCUUCGCACGGACAACGGCCGCGAGUUCCUGAACGAGCUUGUUGACGAUCUCCUCCUCGAGUUCGGCAUCACGCGUGAGCUGACCUCGCCGGAGGGAGGCCAAAAGCGAAACGGCAAGGUGGAGCGGCAGAUCGGUCUCAUCAGGGAAGGGGGGCGAGCGGCGGUGGAGGAGGCCGUGCACCUGUUCCCCGACAUCCGGUUCCCCACGAAGGCCCUCACGUUCGACGCCAUCUACCCGGAGGCCUUCGCGGGGAUGUCUGACAACAUCAACGUUCUCGCGCGGCUUGACCAGAAACCGCACAUGCGGUGCCCGUAUGAACUGCUCUACGGCAAGCGUCCUCUCCGCGCCCCGCUGCCGUUUCUGAUGCCAGGCGCCCGCGCUUCAUCGGUGUUGUGGCGACGUACGGCGGCGUCGCCGCGCGGGAUCCGUGAGCAGACGGCGGCCUUGACAAGGGCAUCGCAGUCGUUCAUGGCGGCGGGAGCAACGGCGAUGGAGGCGGCGCCGGCGGCGGGAGGUACGACAGCAGCGGGAGCAGAGGCGUCGUCCCCGGUCGCCGCGUUGGCGCCGGGCCCUCAGACGAAGUGGGCGGCGAUGGAGGCGGCGCCGGCGGCGGGGGGUACGGCAGCAGCGGGAGCAGCGGCGUCGUCCCCGGUCGCCGCGUUGGCGCAGGGCCUUCGGACAGAUGUAGCGGCGAUGGAGGCGGCACCGGCGAGGGGGGGAAUGGUAGCGGCGGCAGCAGUAGCGCCGUCCCCGGUCGCCGCGUUGGCGUCGGACAUUCGGACGACCGCAGCGGCGGUGGCAACAGCGGCGGCGUCGAUGUCGACGGUGAUGGAGGAGAUGGCGAUGCUCGUGGCGUGCACACUUGGGUCCGCGACCACGAUGCGCCCGACCGCAGCUUCGUCAUCGACCCCAACCGGAGCGGCCCCGACCCGCGCCGGCCCCCGCGCGCGCCAUACAUGUAGACCCAGCAGCAACGUCAUCAGGUCACCCCCUCCGUCACGAGGUCAGCCACGCGGCGCUUGGCUGCCGCUGGGCCUCCGCCGCGGUCACCGGGGGUGUUGGCGAUGUUUGCAACAGCGGAAGACUUCGACGCGCGAAUGGACGAUGAGCGGUACUUUGGGGUUCCCGAGUUGCCGGAUGGGCCUGCGACGCGUGACCCCGACGACUUGGGCGGAGGCGCACUCAGGCGAAGACAGCGACAUCUGGUACAGCGCGGAGGACGCGGAGUUCACUGGACUUCUCGAGGCGGAGACCUUUUCGCCUGCGGCAGGCUCGUAG